AUGCGCACCGUCUACGACACGGAUGCGCGAGUUUGUCCGGUCGGGGCUCCAUCCCGUGACUUCAGCCGCCACCGCAAGCCACCACCGAAGGUAGCCUCCCAGCGCCGCCCUGCCCCAUCCUCAUCACGAGCCAAUCGCCCCCAGGGCAUGGUCAUCUCCGUCGGCGAUCUCCCCCAAGAGCUCCAGAAGAUCGGUGGAUCUGAGCUACCCCCAGCUCCUGACUCCCUUCCUGCCCCCAUCCCAGCUCGAACUGCACGCGGCAUGGGUGUUGUCUUCAACGUCAACGAGCUUCCCCAAGAGCUCAAGGAACUUCGAGCUCAAGGCUCAAAGGCUAACCCCGCUUGA